AUGACCAAAGUGACUUUCUCAUCUAUUUACCUUUCGGAUCACCUCAAGAAACUCUCGAUAACAAAAAAGUUGCCAUCAAUGAUUAUUCAAUUUUUGUCUAAAAUAUGCGUCUGUUUACUCCUGAUUAAGCCUGUGUUUACAUCCCCUUUGAAAUCUGAAUCGCCUUCCGCAGAUCUUCCCCCUUUUCUCGAAAUCGAUGGACUCACUGAAGAACUUCCACCGGAAUUGAUCGAGGCAAUUUCAAGAAACGUCACGGCAUUUCUUGAAGGGUUUGCCGACGACCCAGUGGAACCACCACAAUACAAGGGGGAAAGCAGAUUAGCGGUAGCGAAACGCUCCGGAAACUAUGCCAAGGGCAUUUGUUCAUUCCACCUCAAAGAGACCCAUGCAUGCUGGCUGGGGGAUAGGCUUUUUGCAAGCGUAAACCUGGUUGAUGCGAACAAGCAAAAAAUCGGUUCGGACUCCGGCAAAUAUGGCGAAAAUGGCGUACUUAUCGAUGAGAAAAACGCGCCCUACGAGCUGACGAGCGAGUUGCCUUACGUUCUGCUCAUUCAUUCACCCCUAGAAUCCCAACCUCUUCUGGUAGAGCAGGGCCACUCCGGGGGAGUUUAUAACGCCCUUUCAUUUAGGCAGAAGGUCAGCAAGCGACCCUGUCAAUAUGAAGAUAUCUCAGAUAUGGCGCUGGUGGAUGACGUAUUUACCCUGAAUAAGCCUGCGUCAUUCAAAUACUCUCCAUAG